CCCGUCGCUAUUCCCUUCAUAUCCCUACGCCAUGGUAGAUUCAAAGUCAAUCAAAGAUCCAGAAAGUCAAGGAUACGACAACCUCACUCAGCUCUCUUUGCCGCUAUAUUGCUUGCCAAAUGGGCAGGGUCCAUCCAAGGAGCUAGCAGCCACUAUGCCUCUACGGAACAUACCGUCGAAGAGGCGGACGCCGAGGAAGGUCCCUUUCCGGUCGAUCUCAAGUCCAUGUUGAUUGCCGAAGUGUUUGGCACCUGCAUGUUCGUACAGAUUGGCUGUGCCGCCAAUGCCGUUGCGCUCUAUACACACAACAGUACUACCAUGACCAUCGACUGGCAAGUAGGUGUGGUAUGGGCGCUCGCCAUGACGGUGGCAGUCUUUCUUUCUGCGGCUUUAUCCGGAGCUCACUUGAAUCCGGCUGUGAGUUUCUCGUUUGCGCUCGCACGCCCCGCCGACUUUCGCUUUCGGAAACUCAUUCCCUACUGGGCAGCACAGCUGGGCGGAGCGCUUUUGGCAGGCAUUGUCAAUUUGUUUUUGUUCCAUCAAGCGAUCUCACACUACGAAAAGAAAAUGGCGAUCGUCCCCGGAGCUGCUGGUUCCAUUCAAAGUGCUGCGGCUUUUGGGUGCUAUUGGAGUCUCAACUCAAAGUACAUUUCCAACGGUGUCCAUGCUUUUUUUAUUGAAGCAUUCGGAACCGGUGUAUUGGUGUUCUGUAUCUUUGCCGCCACACACAUUAAGAACCCGUUACCGGGCGUUGCCGUUCCUCCUAUCAUUGGGGCGAUGUAUGGUGUUCUGGUUGUUACGUUGGGUCCCAUGACCGGUGGAUCCUUCAAUCCGGUUCGGGAUAUGGGGCCCCGAAUCGUAUCGGUGAUCGGCCACUGGGGCCCGACCGCCUUGACUAAUUUUUUGCCCUACCUACUCGGACCGAUGAUUGGCGGACCUAUUGGCGCGUUUUUGGCCGACAAAGUGCUAAUGCUAUAGCGACUAAUCACGAACC